CUGGUGCGUUUUAUUAUUUGUACAUAUUUAUUGCACAUGUAGAGUUUGCCAUAACAUGUGUGUGUCCUCAGUUAACAGCGUGUGUCCAUGGGUCGACGGCCAUGUUGUUUCCAAUGCACUGGCAGCAUGUUUACAUCCCUGUCCUGCCGCCACAUCUCUUGGACUACUGCUGUGCCCCAAUGCCCUACCUCAUCGGAGUCCAUUCCAGCCUGAUGGAGAAAGUCCGAGGGCUGGCUCUGGAUGAUGUGGUGGUCCUGAACGUGGACACAAACACCCUGGAAACCCCCUACGAUGACCUCCAAAGUCUGCCUAAUGAUGUGGUGUCAUCUUUAAAGAGCCGGUUGAGGAAGGUCUCAACGACCACAGGUGACGGCGUGGCUCGAGCGUUCCUCAGGAGUCAGGCGGCUCUGUUCGGGAGCUACAGAGACGCCCUGCACAUCCAGUCGGUCAGUGAACUGCACACCAUAAACAUAAAGGAUGCAUACAAAGAGAACGACAUACCUGAGCCUGUCAUGUGA